AUGUCGCCUGUUAAUGACAGCGGUGACCAGUCCCACCCUGCUUUCUUUCUCCUGGUGGGCAUACCAGGCUUGGAGUUGGUGCAGGCUUGGAUUGCCAUCCCUUUAUGCACCAUGUAUGUCGUUGCAGCCCUGGGAAACAGCAUCAUCCUCUAUGUUAUAAAGACAGACCCCAGACUGCAUGAGCCCAUGUACCUUUUCCUAGCCAUGCUGGCUAUCACCGACCUGGUUCUUUCCACCUCCACUGUGCCCAAAAUGCUGGCUGUUUUCUGGCUACGUUCCCUGGCAAUUGAUUUCCAUGCCUGCCUGGCUCAGAUGUUUUUCAUUCAUGCUUUCUCAUCAGUCGAAUCGGGGGUGCUCAUGGCCAUGGCUCUGGAUCGCUAUGUGGCCAUUUGCUACCCACUCCAGCACUCUGCUAUCCUCCCCUUGCCAGUCGUAGUGGCGCUGGGCUGCCUCAUCCUUCUCCGUGGAGUUAUCCUCAUCAGCCCCUUCUCCUUCCUGGCCAACAGGCUUCCCUACUGUGGCCACCAACUCAUUGCCCACUCCUACUGUGAGCACAUGGCUGUGGUGAAGCUGGCUUGCGGCAGUGUUAGGGCCAAUGUCGUCUAUGGCCUCUUUGUGGCUUUUAUAGUUGUUGGAUUUGAUUCAUUUAUCAUUGCUACAUCCUAUGUCAUGAUUCCCAAGACUGUCUUGACGCUCCCAUCCCAUGAGGCUCGUCUCAAAGCCUUUGGGACUUCUGCAUCCCACAUCUGCAUUAUUCUUUCUUUCUAUAUUCCUGGUCUCUUCACAUUCCUCACCCACCGGUUUGGCCGCAAUGUCCCUCACCACUUUCACAUUUUGGUGGCCAUACUCUACCUUCUGGUGCCACCCACUUUGAACCCAAUUGUAUAG